UCGGAAAUACUAAAUUUUGAAUCUGUAUUUAAUACUGACAGCUAGAUCAAUCAACAUAGAUGGUUAGAUGAACUUAUUGAGAAUUUCGUAGUCUUAAUUGUAUAUGUUUGUACUCAAGAUUAUAUAAAUUAUGCCGAAAAAUAAAGGAAAAGGAGGUAAAAACAGGAGGAGGGGGAAGAAUGAAAAUGAAACAGAAAAAAGAGAAUUGGUUUUCAAAGAGGACGGACAAGAAUACGCCCAAGUCACAAAAAUGCUCGGUAAUGGCCGCUUAGAAGCCAUGUGCUUUGAUGGCAUAAAACGUCUUUGCCACAUCAGAGGAAAAUUAAGAAAAAAAGUUUGGAUAAAUCAGGGGGACAUAAUAUUGAUUGGAUUACGAGAUUAUCAAGAUGCCAAGGCAGACGUUAUUCUUAAAUAUACCCCAGACGAGGCGAGGAAUCUGAAAACGUAUGGUGAAUUCCCUGAAACUGUACGCAUCAAUGAGACUGUAGUGUAUUCUGUUGAUGGUUUGGACGAAGACAUUGAAUUUGGAGAUGAAGUAAGCUCUGAAGAUGAAGCUGAUGCUGUUGAUAAUAUAUAAGUUAUUUUUAUAUGUUUUAACAUCUACAGUAAGUCUUUUGUGAUUUUUUUCCUGUUAAUAAACUAAAUUUAUGAUUUUUAUAUUUGGUCUCAAAAUCACAUGUAGCCGUCACACCUUAGGAAUUGUCUAGAUAAUUUAGGCACCCAGUAUUGUCAUUAAUUACAAAUAAAAAUUAUAUAAUUAUUUAUUAAAACAGAAUGUAAAAAAAUAUCUCUACAUCAUAGAUAAAUAAUAGAAUUCUUGCACAACAUUCCUUGAGCCAUUGAGUCCCUUAUGUUCUAUAUAAAAUUGUAAGGAAUGUACAUAAUAAAAUGAUAAAUUACAAAA